UUCGUUCUCUCUCUCUCUCUGCUAUUAUUAUCUUUAUAUCCUAAUACAUACAAUGUGUGGUAUUUUCGCUGCCUACAAACAACCGGACGUUGAGGCGUUCAAAUCCAAGGCCUUACAGUACUCCAAGAGAAUCAGACACAGAGGUCCAGAUUGGAGUGGUGUCACCAUCCAAAACAGCACCAUCUUGUGCCACGAAAGAUUGGCCAUUGUUGGUUUGGACUCCGGUGCCCAGCCAAUCACCUCCGAAAACGAUGACUACUCCUUGACUGUCAACGGUGAAAUUUACAACCACAUCCAGUUGAGAGAAGAGUUUGCCGACUACCCAUACAAGAGUUUCUCCGACUGUGAGCCAAUCAUUCCUUUGUACAAGAAAUACGGGGUUGACGCUCCAAAGCACUUGGACGGUAUGUUUGCUUUCGUCUUGUAUGACAAGAAGCGGGACAGAGUCAUCGCUGCCAGAGACCCUAUCGGUAUCACCACCUUAUACAUGGGUAGAUCUGCUGCCAAGCCAGAAACCUACUACUUCUCCUCCGAGUUGAAGUGUCUUGUUGACGAGUGUGACACCAUUACUGCCUUCCCUCCGGGCCACGUCUUUGACUCCCUCACCGGCGAGACCACCAGAUACUUCACUCCAACCUGGUGGGACGAAGAAAAGAUUCCAACCACGCCUGUGGACUACAAGGUUGUCAGAGAAACCUUGGAGAUGGCUGUCAGAAAGAGAUUGAUGGCGGAGGUCCCAUACGGUGUGUUGCUUUCCGGUGGCUUGGACUCAUCUUUGAUUGCCGCUAUCGCCGCCAGAGAGACCGAGCAGGCCAACUUGGAAGCCAAGGGCACCGACACCUCCAGCCAGGGCUUGGCUGGUGUUGACGACGAGGGCCACUUGCGCUCCAACGGUUGGUCCAAGUUGCACUCCUUCGCUGUUGGUUUGCCAGGCGCUCCAGAUUUGAUUGCUGCUAAGAAGGUUGCCAAGUUCAUCGACACCGUCCACCACGAACACACCUUUACCGUCCAGGAGGGUUUGGAUGCGUUGAGAGACGUCAUCUACCACUUGGAGACAUAUGAUGUCACCACCAUCAGAGCCUCUACCCCAAUGUACUUGUUGUCCAGAAAGAUCAAGGCCCAGGGUGUCAAGAUGGUUUUGUCCGGUGAAGGUUCCGACGAGAUCUUCGGCGGUUACUUGUACUUUGGUGCUGCUCCAUCUGCCGAUGAGUUCCACACCGAGUGUGUCAAGCGUGUCAAGAACUUGCACUACGCCGAUUGUCUUAGAGCCAACAAGUCCACCAUGGCUUGGGGCCUCGAAGCCAGAGUUCCGUUCUUGGACAAGGCUUUCUUGGAGCUCUGUAUGAACAUCGACCCUGCUGACAAGCUCAUCAAGCCAGCUGAGGGUAAGAUCGAGAAGUACAUCUUGAGAAAGGCGUUCGACACCUCGGACGACCCAUCUGCCAAGCCAUACUUGCCACAGGAAAUCCUCUGGAGACAGAAGGAACAGUUCUCUGAUGGUGUUGGUUACUCCUGGAUUGACGGUUUGAAGGAGGCUGCCGAAUCUGCUGUUACUGAAGAACAAUUGGCUCAGCCAAAGGCCGAAUGGGGUACCGACAUCCCAUCCACUAAGGAAGCCUACUGGUACAGAUGCAUGUUCGAUGAAUUAUUCCCACAGCCAGCCGCCGCCUCUACCGUCAUGAGAUGGGUUCCAAAGGCCGACUGGGGUUGUCACGAGGAUCCGUCCGGUAGAUACGCCAAGAUGCACGCCUCUGCUGUCGACGCCGUCAAGGAAUAAGUUAAUAGAAUAAAUAUAUGUGUAUAAUGAGUAUUUUUUCAAUCAGCAGAAGGACAGGCUGUCGUUGCGCGGUAAAUAGGGCUUAUUCAGGAAUGUCAUCGCCGCGUAUAGGGUGGUUCUAAAAAUAGUCUUGCAGAAGCAGUCCUAUAGGUAUGGCUUGGGAAGAAUUGGCCGCUCAACCAGUUGCUAGAAGGUAAAUAGUCUAUGGCUAGGAUAGUCGGGGUUGAUGCUUGUUUGUACUAUAGUAGCGUGCCGUCCUGCCUACACAGUCCAGUAGUUGCAGUCAACCUUUAA